AUGGCGGCAGAAUCAAUAAAGAAUGAAAUGCUCCAGGUCAUCUCAGGCUCUGAAACGCGCCAAACGAUUUAUGUCGGGAUCUCUGGUUUCACCAUAUUGGUCUGGGACCACAUUAUCACCAGCGCAGAUGAGAUUGAAUUGAUAUGGAAACAACCUAAGAGGACCUUGUCUGCUAGUAAAAAAGCUCAUAUGUCCGGGUUGAUGUUCCAGAACCGAUAUCUUACUCCUCUCGUCUUCAUUGUUAAUCUGGUUGUUUCACCUGUGACCUCUACUAGCAUAUACCCUACCUUCAUGGGACUACACAGUCAGGAUUGCGCUGCAUCACUGGACUUAGUUAACAUUGUUCAAGUUGCCGCCAUUUUGUUCGAUAUGAAGGGGCCACCACAGCUAUAG